GGCUCGCCAGCCUGACAGAGGCAUGGCUAUUUGGAAACACAACCAAAGGAGAUCUCCACAUGCGUCUGUAUGAAGUUAACAAAGAAUACGGAGAUAUGGCACGCAUUGGCCCGAACUGGCUCGUUACCAGCGAUCCAGACAUCAUCCGGUGCACGAGCGCAGCCAGAUACAAGCACCGCAAGUCAUCCUGGUAUGCAGCUUUACAGGUCGAUCCGUUCCUGCAUAGUGUCUUUACAGAGACCAGUUUGGAAAAGCACGAUCGGUUGCGAACCAAAGUGCAGCCUGGCUUCUCAAUGAAAGAAAAUCGCGAUCUAGGCAUUAAAAUCGAUUCCCAGAUUGCAUCGCUGGUAAGCCUAAUCGAGCGCAAGUAUAUCUCCACGUCCAGCGAUGUCCGUCCCAUCGACCUGGCGCAAACAGCGCAGUAUUGGGCAUUGGAUGUAAUCACCAGCAUCACCCUUGGCAAUGCCUUUGGGUAUUUAACAGAGGAUAAGGACAUGUACGACUUUAUCGAGAUCAUCAAGGGCGAACUUCCGCUGGCGACUGCCUGCUCGAAUACGCCUACCCUGGGGAAGCUUGUCUUUGGAACGGGGCUGCUGGCCUUGAUGGGCUCAAAUCCAGAGGAUGAUAAGGGUCGUGGCAAGUUAAUGGGUGUCGCCCAAAAAGUGGUCGAGGAGCGCUUUGGCCCUAAUAAAGUCGUAAAGGACGACAUGCUGGGCAGCUUCAUCCGUAAUGGACUUGACAAACGCCAGGCCGAGGCGGAGCUACUUGCAACAAUUGUAGCUGGAUCAGACACCACAGCCACGGCCAUCCGAGCAACCAUGCUAUAUAUCAUGACGAACCCGCGCGUAUACAACACUCUCAUAAACGAGAUUCAGUCUGCAGAACAUAAAGGAAACAUAUCAUCUCCCAUUACAUCCACAGAGUCACGGCAGAUGCCCUACCUGCAGGCCGUGAUAAAGGAAGGACUACGCAUCCACCCUCCCAUAACCGGUUUAUUGACAAAGGUAGUAAACCCCGGCGGCGAGACCAUAAAAGGCCGAUUCGUUCCCGGGGGCACUGGCAUUGGACACUGUGGAUGGGGCAUCCAGCGCCAUGGAGUCUUCGGGGCCGACGUUGAUGUCUUCCGGCCAGAGCGGUGGAUUGAAGCGGAUGAUAUCCGGCGACGGGAGAUGGAGAGGACGCUGGAUUUGGUCUUUGGGACUGGGAGAUGGGGGUGUCUAGGAAAGGCAAUUGUGUUGGUGGAGCUGGAUAAGAUAUUCGUUGAGCUGCUUCGGAGAUUCGACUUUGAGCUAAUCUACCCAGGGUCACCGUGGAAGUCUGUCAACUUUACCUUGUUUCUGCAGAAGGAGAUGUGGGUGCGUGUCACGGAGCGAGGGCAGGACUCUUCGGUGGAUGGCUUGGAUUAGGUUGC